GCUCGCUUGCCGCGGUCACGAGAGCACUGGGUGACGUCACUUUCCUAAACCGGGCAACAGCUUUUUGAGUAGAGUCCCGAGCGAGCGAGAGACAGGCAGGAGUAAGUGAACAACUGUUAAUGUAUGCGGGCCGAUCCGGGCCAGUGUGUCGGAGCGCACUGUUUUCUACUCCUUUAUGCAUCCGCCUGCUCGACAACAACGGCUCGUUCAUUUCUCACCGGUUCCGUAGCUACUCUGUUUUUGGCACAAAACAGUUUUUUUUUUUUUAUGUGUCCAGCCCUCCUGCGACUCAUAACUGGCCUUGACUGAGUGAUUGAGCGUGUGACUGCAUGGACCGGACUGAACAUGAAGAGCCUCAAAGCAAAGUUUAGAAAAACCGAUGUCAAUGAGUGGAACAAAAACGACGAGCGCCUGCUUGCUGCGGUGGAGCAUGGCGAGGUGGAGAAGGUGGCAUCACUUCUUGCCAAGAAAGGUGCCAGCGCUGUGAAACUGGACGGCGAGGGCAAAUCAGCUCUUCAUGCGGCAGCUGGACGAGGACAGACAGACUGCCUAUCUGUCAUCCUGGCCCAUGGAGCUGACCUGUCAAUCACUGAUGCUGCAGGUUUCAAUCCGUUACACCUGGCAGCCAAAAACAAUCACACCGAGUGCUGCAAAAAGCUCAUUCAGAGUAAAUGCCCCAUCGAUGCUGUAGACGGUUCAGGAAAGGCUGCUCUGCAUCACGCUGCUGCCAGUGGGAACAUCCAGACCGUCCAACUGCUGUGUGAACUCAAAAGUCCCAUCAACCUGAAAGAUGCCGACGGACUCACCCCUUUGCUGUUGUCAGCCAAACACUCUCAUGCUGAGGUGUGCAGCGCUUUGCUGGACUGCGGUGCUGAAAUCAACACUUCUGACAACAGUGGCAGGACAGCCUUGAUGCUGGCUAGCGAGUCAAACGCCGUUUCUGUUGUUGAAGUCUUGGUUCAGCGAGGAGCAGAUCUGUCGGCUGUAGAUUCACAAGGCCAUGACGUCGAACACUACACCAAGCUGCUGGGCAACUCUGAGGUCAAAACCGCCCUCAAUGCUGCCGUAAACAGACAACCGGCCUCUGAUACAAAGUCUCCUAGAAGUCCUCAGCAUGAUCAAGUAGCUAAACUAAGUGAUGAACGGAUCACAACUCCCAAAAAACGAAAAGCACCUCCACCUCCUAUUAGCCCACUGCAGAGCUCUGGGCCCUCUUCUCCUUCAGUCCUCACCUCUGCUGGGACCCCUGGAUCCGACAAAAGUGACACUCCAAAAAGAUUCAACUACAAGGACGAUGAGGUUAAAGGAACGACAAUGAGAGAGGAGGUCGAAAAGCUCCAUGAGGAGAGAAACAUGUUGCUGGAGACAAUCGAAGACUUGAAGCAUUCCGUGGAGCAGAAGUUGACGGGUCCCGAACUGGAAACAAAGGUCGAGCACGGUUUUACAGCAUCGGCAACUCUGGUUUGUGCUCUGAAAGCCAAGAUUACUGCUCUAACUGUGGAGAAUCAGCAACUUGCAGGCAAACUUAAGAAACAUCCGUCCGUCCAAGUAAGCGAAGACCUGAAGGACGACAGUCGUCCAAACAGCAUGGCUUCCAACUCCUCCUUCCACUCCACCCAGGAUGAGUUUGAUCUACUGCCACAAGUGGAACGGGAAGACGGUUCAGGCGGUGUUUCUGUCAGACGAGAGGAAGAAGAGGGUGAAGGAGGGAGAGGAGGGAGCAAAGAGGAGAUCAGACUGUUGAGACUGGCGCUAGAGAGCAUUCAAGUGAAACUACUAGAAACCAGGAAGGAGAACCGCUCGCUUCAUGCCCAGCUGAAACCUGAGCGAGGCAGAGAAGGAGAAGAGGAUGAAAGCGUGACGGAGAAAGGAAGAGAGGAAGAGUUGAUGGAGAGUCUCGCGGAGCUUCAGGCAAAGCUGACUGACGCUCAAGAGAGAUACCACCAAGCUGUGGAGGAGGUGGAGGAUUUGAGGGUGCAGAUGGGAAGGGGAGGAGGUGAGCCAGUGGAGACACAGGAGGUCCAGAGACGUAGAUCAUCCACACUUGAACAUGAAGUAAAACAGCUGAGGGGCCUGCUCGUCCAAUCGGGAUCUGAGCAGGAGGACGCAGCUCAACGCAUCCGACAGCUGGAGGAAGCCCUGAGGAGGGUGGAGGAGGAAAGAUGGAGCGCAAAGGAGAAGGAACAGAGGGCUGCUCAGAUUGAGGAGCUGUACAAGGAGGCACAAGAGGAGAUUAGGAUGCUCCAGGAGGCUCUGAGGGGCACGGUGCCAGUUGAAGCAGCAGCCAAAGACUUUGAAGAACUGAAGGCCGAGCUAAAUGAGGUCAUCGCUGGGCUGCAGCGCCGCUUGCUGGAACUCUCGCACUCCUUCAGCGAAACCAAAAGUCAGCUAAGUGCUGCACAGAAACAGCUGGCUGAGAGCAGUGCAGCCUCAUCUCCCUCCUCGGAACAACAGCAGCAGGUCCAGGUGCUGAACAGCAAGGUGGAGGAGCUGCACACGUUGCUCGCUGAGACGGGGAAGAAGCACUCGGCCGCUCAGGAGGAGAUUUCACUGCUGAAGCAGGAAGCAGAAGCUCAGGCACAGAGCUCCGUGGCCCUCGCCGACCACACGCAGGUGAUGUCAUCGCUGGGAAACGCCAUCAAAGAGUUGGAAAGCCAGUCGGAGACGCUGAAAGAGCAGCUACACCAGAAAAUCUUGCAGGUGGAGGCUCUUCAGAACAGGCUGACAGCAGAGAAAGAUGUUACCCCCGAUGAUUCUGUCUCCCGCGCUGAGCACGAGAACACUCAAGAGCAGCUUGAGGGCAAGGUGAACCACCUGACGCAGCUCCUCCAGGGGGCCCUCAGAAAGCAGGACGAGAUGGCUCUGGAGGCUGCUGAUGCAUGGCAGAAGGCACGGGAUAAUCGUGCAGAGUGGGAGGCUCUGCAGGAGCUGGUGAUGUCGAGGGAGAAGGAGAACCAGUCGCUGACCACCAGGCUGGCUGAGUCCCAGGAUGCCGUGUGUCAGCUCAAACAGCUGGUGGAGAACCACGUUGCCUCAGAGAGAGAAAAAAACAAGAGGAUAGAUGACCUGUCGCGGGAGGUGGGGAAGCUGAAGGAUGCCUUAAACAGCCUAUCGCAGCUCUCCUACAGCUCCGGUUCUCCCUCCAAGAGACAGCAGCAAAACCAGCAGCUAAGCCAGCAGCUGGAGACGACGCAGCAACAGAUCAAACAACUACAGUACCAGCUAGCUGAGUCAAAGAAGCAGCACAAUGAUAUAGUGUCAGUCUACAGGAUGCACCUCCUCUAUGCUGUCCAGGGUCAGAUGGACGAGGAUGUCCAGAAAGCCUUGAAACAGAUCCUGAUGAUGUGCAAGAUGCCAAGCCAAGCCAAGGAGGCCUGCUAAGACACGCUGGGCCUGGCUUCCCGAAAGCACGUUGUGGACGAAAGUGAAGUGAACUGCUGGACCGUCACCACAUGUCCUCCCGUCCGAAUGCACACGUUGCUUGUGCUGAUUGCAAGACAGGCCAACACAUGGUGCCUCUGGAUAAACCUUGAGUAUUUGUUACUGGGGAACAGGUUUACAACCAUGUUCAUUGCCUUCGCAAAUGUCUUUUUUGACUGACUAAUAUCAUCAAUCUUAUGAUGGGGAAACCCCAGCCCAGCAUAAAGACACUGUACAUCAGCCAAUUGACCAUUCAAGUGAAUGAGAGAACCAAGUGGUUCCAGCCAAACGUUUAAUCUCAGUAUGUGCAUAUUAACACUACACUAUCCAUGUGCAGUAACCUUAAGUCACAUGCAGUUGGAUAAGCGUGAUAAUGCAAACAUGUGUGUACUCUGACAUAAAACAUACAUAUACCAUGUAUGUGCGUACUAAUCAGUCCACUGAAAACAGUAAGUUUCAUGUGGUUUGUUUUUGUUACAAUGUGCGCUUAGAGGAAUAAAAGACUCACUUGGCACUGCUGUUGGUAGUAUCCGUUUUAUGAUACAACAGUGUUAGUAUUAUUUGACUUGUUGUCUAAAGGUUUCAUGGUUGUCAACAUUUUCCUGAUGCAGUGUAAAUUAUUUGUGCCCUCUUAAUGCAUGUGACUUUGCUUAACGCCAGCCCAAAAAUCACAAAGAAAUGUUAUUUUUUGGCUGCACUUCGAUGAAGAAAAAGCAUGAUACCGUUUGUAUUGCUAUUUUCGUAUUAGCACAAAAUUUAUAAAAAUGUACUUUACUGAAAUGUAUUACAUGCCAUGUUUUCUAAAAUACUGUACUGUAUUGAGGAGGUUCGAUAGCUGUAUUUUUGAUGGCCUUUGUUUUGUGUGAAUGAAAUUAAUUUUCCUUGAGUAUAACAACGCACCAAUUUGUCUAGUGACACCUGAAUUAGUCUAUUUUCCUGUUUUCAUUCAUAUUUUACAUAUAACGGGUUGAACAUGAUUGUCAACUGUAAUCAGAAAACAUUUCAGUAGUAACAAAUGUCCAACAGUAGGGGCAAACUUUUUUUGUCUUUUUGACUGAAAGGGAGAGUUCCUCUCUUGUCUAAUCUUACACUUUGGCCUUUUGUUCAGCAAUUCCUUACUUGAAAAUCAGGCAAAAUGUGUUGGCUGACAGCAAAUGGUUGAGUCUGCUGUCAGGUGCCUGGAAUCAGACGAGCAUUUUUCUGGCUCUGCAGUAAUUUCAACUGACAAUUACCUUAAAUAUCAGUAAUUCUCAAUUGUGAUAGAUGCCAAUUUCACCAGGCUUCCUUAUUAAUUUAUUAACAUUUACCAGGAAUGUUUUCCGUCUUCCUAUUUGUGAGACUCCCAUCUCUUUCAGUGUUUCUUUGUAGGUACGGAUUUACACUGUACAGAAUACAUUUUAAAUGCAUUUCUUUGAACGUGUCUUCUAGGGGCUUCUGAACUGUUUUCACAUCACACUCCUUUGCCUCAGUACUGUACUUAGAGCCAUACGCACUUAGAGAUCAUCCUUCUUCUGAACAGUGUGUAAGACUAUUGAGAACACACUCUCGACACUAAUGCUGUUCAACUUUAGUCACAUUAAAUUCUUUUGUGUAUGACUGACUGAAACUCCCAGCCUCGUUUCUCACUCAGGAACCUUUUUUUUUUUUUUUUAAUAAACUGGAGGUGAUUUACACCUGACUGAGAUUUCUUAGAACCCGAGUUGAGCUUUUGCUUCAUUUCAUAGGUUGUUGAAUAUCAUAAACUACGUAACUCUCUCUCUAGGCCUUAAAAGGGAAAAUAAAUAAACUUCUUUGUUGGUUGUUUUUGAAUUGACAUGAAAAAAAUGACUUGUUUGCCAACUGCUUUGUUGCCCGCAUUAAUACAUUUGCAAGAACCUGUA